AUGUUCCCUUUUUGCAUGUGGUUAGCCCACUUGUUCACCGGAAACCACCCUUUCCAAUGCCUAUAUAUAGGUAACCAUUUUCAUGCAAAUCUCCACAACUCACACUCAUUUACAUUCACAAUGCCGAUUCACAAAGUUUCUAGUGUGGUUUUCUUGGUGUUAUUGGGUUUGGGCCUUAAUGUGGCUACUAGAACUCUUUUGACUUAUGAAGAGAGUAUUCCAUACACUCAUGGAGAUGUAGCAGGAGGUGGUGGUGGUGGAGGUGGAGGUGGUAGUGGUGGCGGAGGUGGUGGCGGUUAUGGGCCUGGAGGUGAACAUGGGGCGGGAUAUGGAGGUGGCGCUGGAAAAGGUGGUGGUGCAGGGUAUGGUGGUGGAGCGGUAGGAGGAGGAGGAGGUGGAGGGGGUGGUAGUGGAGGUGGUGGUGGUGGAGGAGGAGCGCAAGGUGGAGGCGGCUAUGGUGGAGGUGAAGGAGGUGGGAGUGGUGGUGGACAUGGUGGCAUAUCAUAUGGUAGCGGAUCAACCGGAGGUGGAGGUGGUGGUGGUGGUACUGGUGGUGGUGGUGGUGGAGGGGGAGGAGGAGCUCAUGGUGGAGGUUAUGGUGGAGGAGAAGGAGGGGGGAUCGGUGGUGGAUUUGGUGGUGCUGGAGGCGCUGGUGGUGGUGGAGGACAUGGUGCUGGUGGUGGAGGAGGAGCUGGCAUUGGAGGAGUUGGGGGAAGUGGAUAUGGUAGGGGAGGUGGAGAAGGAGGGGGUGCUGGAGGAUCAUACGGUGGAUAUAGCGGAGGAGGUGGAGGUGGUUCCGGAGGAGGUGGUGGAGGCGGUGGUGGUGUAGGUGAGCAUGGAGGUGGUAGCGGCGGUGGAAGUGGCGAAGGUGGUGGACAUGGUGGCUAUAUUCCUUGAAGGAAAUAUACCUACUCUUGGAUUCAAUGUCAAAAAUGGACAAUGACUACAUUCUUCAAUAAUAUAACUAAUGAACAAAAAUAGAUGCAUGGACGCAUGCUUCAAUUUGUAAUCUUCUUUCAUGUGUGUUUGAGUUUAAAUAUUUGGAUGUUUGUUAUUAUAUAUCAAGAGUUAAUCUAUUUUACCAUCAA